AUGAAAUCUCUGUGGAUUUUCACCGCUGUGUUCCUGGAGUACCUCGUGGCUACUGGUUCAUACGCGUAUCCAGACUUUUGGGUUCAAGCUCAGUGGACGGAGUUCAAGGCCUUAUAUGGCAAGAACUACAGCAGCGUGGAGGAAGAACUGUUCCGCAAGAUGAUCUUCCUCGACAACCGCUACAUGAUCGCCAAGCACAACGAGCGAUACGGCCGGGGCCUCAUUUCCUACAAGCUCAAGAUGAACCAGUUCGGAGACCUGCUGCAGCAGGAGUUCGACGAGAUGAUGGGCUCGUGCGUACAAGUCAGCGACGAGCCACUGGAACGCAUGAACGCGUCGACGUUCCUGCCCUCGGAGAACAUGGGCGCCUCGCUGCCCAAGUCGGUCGACUGGCGAAGCACCCUCGUCUCUCCCGUAAAGGACCAGGGGCUGUGCGGCGCCUGCUGGGCCUUCAGUGCGGCGGCCGCCAUCGAGGGGCAGCACGCCCGCAAGACCGGCCGCCUGGUGGAGUUGAGCGCCCAGGACCUGCUGGACUGCUGUGGCGAGGCGUACGAAAACAGCGGCUGUGGAGGGGGACUCAUGGACAACGCCUUCCGCUGCGUGCGAGACCGGGGCGGCAUCGACACCUCGGACAGCUACCCUUACGCGGCGAUGGACGGCCGGUGCCGCUUCAAGAACAGCACAGUGGGCGCCUCGGUGUCCGGCCUGAUGGUGGUGGUACCGCGUGAUGACGAAAAGAUUCUCCAGACAGCUGUGGCCACGGUGGGACCCAUCUCGGCUGCCGUCUACUCCAAGCUGCCCGACUUCCGGUUUUAUUCGAAAGGCGUGUACAAGGAUUACUCCUGUGGCUUGUUUGAAGUGGACCACGCAGUACUAAUCGUCGGUUACGGAGUCACCGAUGAUGGGACAUCGUACUGGAUCCUUAAAAACAGCUGGAGCAAGAACUGGGGCGAGGGCGGCUACAUGCGGCUAGCCAAGGAUGCCUACAACCAGUGUGGAAUCGCCACCCUGGCCAGCUUUCCGCUUGUCUAAUCCAGAACCUCAUCCAGUACGGGAGACGAAGGUCCACUCCAUGCCCUUGUUGCAAAUGAACGAAAUGAAAACAGAGAAUGCCGCAGUUUCUUGGUCGCCUCCAUAGAAGAGAGAGAGAGAGAGAAAGUGAGGGAGAUGCCCACCGUAAUGGCUACAAUGGGAUUAAGAAGGACCAUUUCAUCUGUCAUUAGCGCUGAUGUUGAUUUGCUUUUCAACACGCUGUAAAUAUGCACUGUGGGUCUGUUCCACAGUCGUGGCCUCUUCUUGAUAUUGUUUAGACGUGUGUCACGAUUAGAUAUGUGUGACACCGAAACGUGCACCUAUAUAUAUAUAUGAUUUUCUCACGACCGCGCAAACGGGACGACAUUUCCUUCUCCAGAUAGCAAGGUGAUGAGAUGACUUCGAGUGACCAAUUAAGUUGGGUAGCGUAAAAAAAUAAUAAUACAAAUAAGUGGGAUAAUCCAUGUGGAGAACCUCUUCAACCAUCGUACUGCUCGCAAUUAAAGUCACUCUACUGAACAUUUUAUUUC